GCAGUGCGCAGCGCUUUGACCCCGCCACACAAAACACACAAAGGAGGACGAGGAAGAAAUUACAGCUCUGAAAACAAAGCGUGAUUCCGCUUCAUAAAUGAAUUAAAUUUGAACUUAAAUUUAACGAUGGCGUCAAAUCCACCGGCACAAGGUACAGGAUUUCAGAAUAAAAACCGAGUGGCGAUUUUAGCGGAAUUGGAUAAAGAGAAGCGGCGCCUGAUCCAGAGUCAGUCUAUGAACAAUCCAGGAGCCAGUAUUCCGCUCUCCAGACCUCCAGUGAAGGAGUUUCGGGAUCACGCAGAGCAGCAGCACAUCGCCGCGCAGCAGAAAGCAGCGUUACAGCAUGCACACGCUCACUCAUCAGGCUUCUUCAUCACACAAGACUCGUCGUUCGGGAACCUGAUCCUCCCCGUGCUGCCGCGACUCGACGCAGAGUGACCAGGAGAAGAAGACUCGUUCUUAACCAGACGUUUCACCUUCUACAGAUCUGCUCAAUUUCAGGGGUGGGGUUUCACCUGAGAAAAUCUCCUCGAGCUCCACUCACUGAUUACACGGUUCAUUCACAUACAAUAACAAAAUGUGGACUUGAGCAGCUGUUCUACAUCUGUAUCAUCAUCAUCAUCAUCAUCUUCUAGCAGUGCAGUGGCUCGAGUGCUGGAAUGACUGGAUGAAGCCCUCGUGUGAAAAAUGAAUCAGUUUCAUGAACAUGAACCUUUUAUUAAAAAAAAAAUAGUUUGAGAUCAUUAAUAAAUCCUUCUUUAACUGAA